CGAUGGCGGCAAUCUAACAGUGAACAUGCAGAUAUACAUCUGUAAGUCGCGCGCAGCUCCGUAACAUUGUUGUGUUUUUUUGUAUGAAAAAUAGCAAGAAGUUAUUUUGCAAACUCAGCAAUAAUUCAAUGUAAACAAUUCGCUGAAUGUAGUGCUCGUUCCCAUAGCGGCGCGCUUAUAUAUACAAAGUUAAUAGUCGCGCUGCCCAUGUCGAUUGUGCGUGUGUGUGUUUAUGUAUGUGCGUGUGUAUUUGAGUUGGGAUAACUGCACAUUUAUAUUUGCGCAGCGAACUUAAGCGGAACAGAAACAGUUACAUAGAACAUCAAUAGAAAACGGAAGAGAAACAAACAACAUGGCUCGCGACACGCAGGGCACACAGGCCACACAGAGUCAGGCGUCCAACAUUUGGACCCAGGUCGAAAGCCAGCCCAUGGAGAAGAUCGUCUGGGGCCGGCUCUAUGGCAAGAAUAUUAAAAUCAAGUCCCUUGGUACGAGCAUAAAGCCCUACAAAAUUAUCUAUACGCAUUCGUCCUUUUGUGUUGACUUGAACAAUGACGAAUUUUCAGCAGGACGCGGAGAACUAAAUGAUUUAAUAUUGACGCUUAAUGAUUUACCUGAGAAAAUACUGUCGCGCAUAUCCAAGGUGCAUUUUAUCAUAAAGCGCGCCAACUGUGAGCUGACAAAUCCGGUUUAUAUACAAGAUCUCUCGCGCAAUGGGACUUUUGUGAAUGGCGAACGGAUCGGCACGAACAAAACGCGCAUCCUACAAAAUGACGACAUCAUAGCCCUCUCGCAUCCUACCUACAAGGCCUUUGUCUUCAAAGAUCUUAGUCCGAACGAGGCAAUUGGCCUGCCAGCUGAAAUUACGGCUACCUAUUAUAUAAAUCGCAAACUAGGCUCAGGAGCAUAUGGGCUAGUCAGGCUGGUUUAUGAGCGGCGCACCUGCGAACAGUUCGCCAUGAAAAUUGUUAAGAAAAACAUGCUGGAGGUGAGCGCACAUCCAAACAACAAUCUUAACGAUCCGGAGCGUGUGCUGAAUGAGGCAAAGAUUAUGAAAAAUCUUUCGCAUCCGUGCGUGGUGCGCAUGCACGAUAUUGUCGAUAAGCCAGAUUCCGUUUAUAUGGUGCUGGAAUUUAUGCGCGGCGGCGAUCUGCUAAAUCGCAUUAUAAGCAAGAAACUGCUCUGCGAGGACACAUCCAAAUUGUAUUUCUAUCAGAUGUGCCAUGCCGUCAAGUAUUUGCAUGACAGAGGUAUUACACAUCGCGAUCUGAAGCCGGACAAUGUGCUGCUCGAGUCCAGCGAUGAGGAUACACUGCUCAAGGUAUCCGAUUUUGGACUAAGCAAGUUUGUGCACAAGGAUUCAGUGAUGCGUACGCUAUGCGGCACGCCCCUAUAUGUAGCACCCGAGGUGCUCAUUACCGGCGGACGCGAAUCCUACACACAAAAAGUGGACAUUUGGAGUCUAGGCGUGGUCCUCUAUACGUGCCUAAGUGGAACUUUGCCGUUUUCGGAUGAGUAUGGCUCACCGGCGGGCGAGCAAAUAAAAAAGGGCAACUUCCGUUUUCGCCAUCCCGCUUGGCAGGGCGUGUCGCAGCGCGCCAAAUUGCUGAUCAAACAAAUGCUCAUUGUGGAUCCCGAGAAGAGACCCUCAAUUGAUGCCGUGCUCAAGUGCAACUGGCUGCGGGAUACAACGAUGCUCUACAAGGCCAAGCAACUCAUGAAGUUGGAGCAUAUGGAGAUCGGUGAGGAGGAGAACAAUUUCCUGGAACCGCCCACUAAGCGGCGACGGCAAUAAUAGAGAGCUGAAGUGAAAAAGUUUUAAUUUUCUGGAAAAAUUAAUCAAAACAUUUUUCCCCAUUGCGCAUAGAAGCCGCAAAGACAGCCCCACUUUACUUAAAUGAUUCCCCACUGAAAAGCAUUUUUUUUCCUGAGGUUGUUUAAUUUUAUAUGUUGUUUAGUUUAAGUUUUGCAUUUGCGUCUUUUGUUAAACGUUGCGUGCCAAAAAAAAAAAAAAAAAA